AUGAAUCUGACGGAAUUGAAUCGAUCCUGUGAGCAUUUCUCCUGUCCAGAGAGAUCUGUAUCUCCUGCAGUUUAUAUCUUACUGUACGUGUGUUCAGCUGCUGUGGUUCUUCUAACAGUGUGUGGAAAUCUGCUCGUCAUCAUCUCGGUGUGUUACUUCAAACAGCUUCACACUCCGACUAACAUGCUCGUGCUCUCUCUGGCUGCGUCGGAUCUCCUGGUCGGACUUUUCGUGAUGCCGUUCCACUUCACGUGGCUAAUCGAGUCCUGUUGGAUGUUCGGACACGUUUUUUGCAUCCUGUAUAAUUUCAUGAGUUUUCAGCUCACAAGCGUGUCUGUAGGAAACGUGGUUCUGAUCGCUCUGGAUCGUUACAUCGCUUUAAGCAAUCCAUUUCUGUACUUGAUGGACGUCACGUCUACGAUCGUUCGCACUCUGAUCUGUUUGGCCUGGGUGUUUUCGUUUAUUUACAACUUUGUGUUUUUUUACAUAAACGGAAACUUCACGGGUUUCUCGCCAUGUCCUGGUGAAUGUCUAGUCGAAGCUUUCGAUGACCUUGGCUCGUUAAUCGACCUAAUGUUCAUCAUCGUCAUUCCCACUGGUUUAAUGCUCAUUUUAUACUUCCAGGUCUUUGUGAUUGCCAGGAGGCAUGCAAACGCCAUACGAGAACUCACCCGGAAUUUCAAGAACGUCUCGGACGAAAUGAAAUCUGAGAGAAAAGCCGCUAAAGUGCUAGGCAUUGUGGUUUUUGUGUUUCUGGCAUGUUUGGUGCCAUAUUACGUCUGCACAUUAAUGGGCAAAGUGACGUCAUCGUACAUCGUCAAUAACAUUUUAAUCCUUUUUUUUCUGAAUUCGUCCAUCAAUCCCAUCAUCUACGCCCUGUUUUACACCUGGUUCCAGAAGUGCACGAAAAUGAUUUUAACUUGCAAAAUACUGCACACAGAUUGUUCUUUUGUAAAUGUGCUGUGA